AUGACCACACCGCACGGCACGAAGCGGCCGGCUGACAGCGCCGCCGACGGCGACGGCGAGCAGCGCCUGCGCAAACGCUUCGACCGCCUGGCCCUGGACGCCCACGCCAGCAGCGCGAAUAUCCACGCCAGCAGCGCAGACAGCAGCGCAGCCUACACCCCCGUGCCCGCCGCCGCAACCACACCACCGCCCGCCCCCCAUGUGCCCCCCAAGCGCCCGCGCCCGCGCCCGCGCCCCGCCGACUCCAUGGCCGUCGACGACACCCCGCACCGCGUCUACAUCCACGACCUAGCCGCCGAGCUGUCCGACUCGGACUCGGACGCCGACCGCCCGGUCUUCCUGUCCGACAUCGAGAAGCACCUGAGCCGCAUCCCGCGCCACGUGCUGCUGGGCCCGCCGCCCGCCCCGACCGCCCACAACCAGGUCGUGCUGUACAAUGUGCCCGCGAGCCUGAGCGUGCCGCACGAGCGGGACGGCGUGCGCAAGGCCAUUGUGGAGGCAAGGCAGCGCAUUAGGGACAGGCAGGUCAGCGGGGUCACCGAGCUGGGGAGGGCGGGAGUGUCUGGGGUGGAUAAUACAAGUGCUGGGGUAGACAAUACAAGCGCUGGGCCUGCGGACGAGGAUGCCAUGGAUCUGGACUGAUGGCUACUGGAUUGAGAUGCUAUACUGGACUGAAGGCUGUACUGGACUGAAUGGCUAUGCACUACUGAUUCAAAUCAUGGCUACACUGCACUGAGAUGGCUAUACACUGAACAAAGAAUAGUUACACACCGCACUGAGAAUGGCUACAUCAUCUAGACGCCAGGCCCGGAUAGACUACUACUAAUUCGAAUUCAAAUCAUAACCUCAUAACCUCGUC